UUCCGGGACGGAGUCCCUGGCCAACCCCUCCCUCCUCCUCGGCGGGAUCCCAGGCCCCCUGGCCAGACCGAGUCUGAGAAACGUGCUGAGCUGGUUCUUUGGGAACGGAAAGUCACGUGAAGUACUAGAUUCUGUCACAGAGGCGAGAAGCUGCAGAGAGGAGAAGUAGGUUUUACAGCUCCACAGCUCAAGCUGAAUCAUGGAGUGCACUAAGAUAGUGAAUUCCUAAGAAGAAAAUGGAUUUCCUAGUAGUUGUUUGCUAAGCAUUUGGACACAGCAGUGUACAGAUUUGUUGCAAAGGCAGAAAAUGGCAACUCCUUAUGUCCCAGUUCCUAUGCCCAUAGGAAACUCCGCUUCUAGUUUUACGGCCAACAGAAAUCAAAGAAGUUCUUCUUUUGGCAGUGUCUCCACAAGCUCAAACUCCUCCAAAGGCCAGUUAGAAGAUUCAAAUAUGGGUAACUAUAAACAGACAAGUGUUCCUGAUCAGCUGGACAGAACUUCAUCUGUCUGUAGCAGCCCUCUCAUUAGGACUAAGUUUACAGGUACAGAUUCAUCCAUUGAGUACUCUACUAGACCAAGAGAAACUGAAGAACAGAAUCCAGAAUCAGUCAGUUGGGAAGAUAGACCAUCUACACCGACUAUCCUGGGUUAUGAAGUGAUGGAAGAAAGAGCCAAAUUUACUGUAUAUAAAAUACUAGUAAAGAAAACUCCAGAAGAAAGUUGGGUAGUUUUCAGAAGAUAUACUGACUUCUCUAGGCUUAAUGACAAAUUAAAAGAGAUGUUUCCAGGUUUUCGAUUAGCACUUCCACCAAAACGCUGGUUUAAAAAUAACUACAAUGCCGAUUUUUUAGAAGAUAGACAAUUAGGAUUACAAGCGUUUCUUCAAAAUUUAAUAGCUCACAAGGACAUUGCCAACUGCCUUGCAGUGAGAGAAUUUCUUUGUCUGGAUGAUCCGCCAGGUCCAUUUGAUAGCCUAGAAGAAAGCAGGGCUUUCUGUGAAACUUUAGAAGAGACCAACUACCAUUUGCAGAGAGAACUACUUGAAAAACAAAAAGAGGUGGAAUCCCUGAAGAAAUUGCUUAAUGAGAAGCAACUUCACAUUGACACCUUAGAAAACAAAAUCAGAACAUUGUCUCUAGAACCUGAAGAAUCAUUUUAUGUGUCCGAAACAGAAAAUGGACAGAUCCUAAGGGUGGAGUCCUCUGCAUUUACAAUUGACCAAGAUGUCUUAGAUGAAGAAUCUAGAGCUGAUAAUAAGCUACACUUAAGUUUCAGUGACCCUGAAAAUGCCCUAUCAGAAAUAGAAGUGGCAGAAGUGGCAUAUAAUGCUGAAGAAGACUAACACAGUGCAAGCAUUUCCCUCCAUUUGAACACAUCAGCAAGUUUAGAAUAGAGUGGCAGAUGCCAUUUGAAAAGAAAAGACUGAAACAGUUACAAAAAAGAAUUUAAAUAUAUGAAGUUUACAUAAAAUUUUUCUAAAUUAUUGGAGUCAUAAAUAUAUUCACUGCUGCUUUUGUCUUUUAUCCAACCUUGUAUUUAAUACACUGAAAAAAAAAAUCUAGCUAGAAUUCUGUACCCAAUGCCCAAUUCUUAAAUACUGUGCAUAAAUUAUUAUGGUGUUUUGCCUAUAAUGUUGCUCCAAACUAGGUUGUGUGCCUGUGUGUCUGUUUGCACCUGUUUUAAAUUGCCAGUUAUAUUAGUCAAAUGGAAAUUAAUUGCAUGUUACUAUCUGUGUGAUACUUCUUUGUAUCUGUAAUAUGAACUGUUUUCAUUAAUGGCUUAAAUCAUUGAACAUAUUAAAGGUAAAGAUGAAGUGAGCAUUUAAUGUUGACAUGUUUGUCAUCUCUAAAUAAAAAUAACUUUAAAAUGUUAAUAUAUAAAAGAAUAAGAUGAUUCUCUUAGUACCAAAGGAAAACUAUUUUAAAGAACUGUUGUCAUACAGCUAAAGUGCAAAAUAGCCUUGAUUUUAAAAUCCAAUUCGUAAUAUCAAGAUACUGUAAGUAUCCUAGUUUAUUGCUGUUACAGCUUAUUUUCUAUAUUUUAGAUUUCUACCUGUAGAUUCAGUGAGUUUUCCUCUUUCGGAAUACUACCUCUUUUUUUGCUAAUCAAGGCAUAUUCUUUAGGAAAUAUAGAUUCUAAGGUAGUAAACGCUUAAAAAACAAUAAAAAGCCAUAUAUACUACUAAUUCUGUAACUAGCUUGACACUUGGCAUUGCGUUUUUAUUUCUGUGGUUAUGAAGAUGUUGUUGUAUGUAGUUGGCUAGUUUUCUUUUAAAUAUAUUUCGCCAAGUGAUGCACUUUAUAAUUAAACUACUUUGUGCCAAGUUUAAUUGGUGAAUUUCUUUAAUAGGGUACUGAACUGGAUGAAUUAUGUAGUGCCUUUACUAUUUCCUUUUUACAAACAUCCUUUAGGGUGUGAGUCAACUUCACAAAAAUGUUUAUGCUUGUUUCAGCUCUGUGAUAUUUAUCAAAAGUGCCUUGUUUCAUUUUUAUAGUAUGAAGUUAUUUGUUGAUUCUCUAUUUCUACUGUUUUGCAUAUUGCUGUUAAUAUAUAUUGCAGUGAUAGCAUUUGAAAUCCCAGCUGGUAUACUGAACUACAUAAGCUUUAUAAAACCUGAGAAAACUCUACUGGGGAAAUAGAAUAACAAUCUUUGAGGGUUUGUUUUUCCUACUUUGUUACCUAAAAGUUUACCAGUAUCUUACUGUGCAUAUUGAUGUGUGGCUGUUUAAAAUUCUACUGACAUAAAGCAACACAUCCAGUGGAUGUUAUUAACCUUUGUUCUUAAAAGGAGACUAUACCAAAGUACCCAGAUUUUAGGUCUGUGUCAGAAUACACAAGUAUUCUGGCUAAGAACAUUUUCCACAAAGCAUAUUAGAAAUGUGUUUAUUAUUUUUAAAGGCAGAAAUAAAUAUAAUAAACUAGUGUGCUUAUUCAUUUUUAAAUUAUUCUAGGCUUUAAAAAAAAAGCAUAUUGUGAACAAUCACUUAAAUUAACACUAAUUGAUGUUAAUAGUAAAACAAGAUGAUCUUUGCCAAGUGCCGGGUAAGUAUAGUGCUACAUGUCUGUCUGAAAGGGAACCACAUAUUUUAAAAUGACAUUUUUAAAUUAAAGAUUGUAUUUAAAGUUUUGAAUGGAGGGAAAGAAACUAUUAAUUAGGUAAACCGCUAUUAUUUAUAUUUAGAAUUUACUUUUUUACUUGUAUAUUGCAUUUUGCUCUCAGUAUUAUAUUCAUUUAAUAAAUUAUUUUUUCCAUUACAACAGUAGCUGUGUCUUCCAGUGUCGAAUACCAUAUUCUCCUCUACUUUCUGUGUUUUCCCUCUCCCUAGGAUUACUGUAAAUUGAAUUGUAUCUAAAAGCCGUAUAUCACAGAUGUGGAAUGAGUCUGUGAUUUUCUAAGUUUCUGUUUUAUUUCAUUGAUCAUCUUUCAGAAGCAUUUGUGAAUAGGUGCAGUGCACUUCAAAUGUAACCAAUAUUAAUUAAAAAAUUGUAACUAAA